AUGAUGGGUUUGAACAGGAACCCGAAACGUCAGGCGAUUGAGGCUCUAGUCCCAGCUAUCGUGUCUCUGUCUUCACGACUGCCUCCUGGGACUCGUAUCUUCGCUUCUAUUGGCAAUGUAGUUGGGCGCGGUGCUCUCCAAUCAGCCGGGCGAUGGGAGACUUUCACCCUUCGAGAGGCCUCCGCGUAUGCGCAGAUCCGGUUUCUGCACAGGUAUCUCGACGAUGAUAUGCUACCGAGACGCGUUUUAUACAAGCCCCCCGGGCGACCAAAGUAGCUAUUUCUGACUUAAUCGUCUUAAUCAGUUAGCCAUACCCAGCCCUGGAUUUAGAUAACCUGAGGUCCGAAAGCGGAUCUUCGAUAACUGAGCCGAACACCCUACCAGUGAGCCACAGGCCCGUUUUGCUGCCGGGAUUGUUAGAAUGUUGCAAUUGCGUUCAAUACUUAAGUUACAAGACAUGGUUGGCCCGUGCUACAAACAUCAAAUAAGCUAAGAACUUUCGCAAAUUGUUAACGAAAAUCAGCGAAUUGUUUGUAAGCCGAAUAUAUCAUAAACUUCGCGAACGAGAACGCUCUCCGGUGGAAUGUUCUCGAUGUAUUCGGUUGCAGCGGUAAUUCAAACCCACUUUUGCACACUAAAAGAUAUCUGUCGAUAUCUCUUGAUGUUCACUGCUUGAUAAACAGGAGGCCGGAAGGGCAUAUGUGACUCGGGACCCCUCGCAUUUUCAGCCUGAAAAGCCAAGUUAUUGUAUUUUAAAUUCAUGACAAUUUGUAAUCCUGUGGAAAGAUUUUCUCGCACUUUAAUUUCAAUGACAAUAUUAGAUAAAAAAUUAAAUCCUAACGAAAUAACCAUUUUUAAGGGUUGGGGCAUUAUCGAGCCUUGACACAUUUGCGAUUUCUGUCGGUGAAUUUAGGCUCGUGGAAUAAAUGUCAUAGUAAAAACUUCAACGUACUGAGUGUUUUAAGCAAUUAAUCCGUCCGGGCACUGGAAGUCCACACUUGCUGUUGACUCAUACAGCAAUAAAUGCAAGUAUUAACGCCCACGUUACGAUGAGAGCUGGGCGAAAAGUCCAAAAAAGUUGUCGUAAACUUAUAAGUUGUCUUGAUUUUAUUCGAACCCCACAUAUACUUCGCUGCAAUAAGAACCUCCCCCAUGAUAUCUUGUCAGUAUAGCGAAUAUUAAUUGACAAUAACAGACAUUUGGAAAAAAACAUAAAAAGCCCGGUUCUGACAGACGACGCAUGAAAAAAGUACUUUGGAUUCAAAAUACGCAACUUGAUGCAGGUUGGGUUUUGAAUAAAGCUAAUUGAAGAACAGCGGGGACCUCAGUAAACUAAUUUGUAUAGCAUCUUAAUAACUGGUUCCCAAGGAAACGGAGUCCUUUGUGGGAAAUCACGAAUCCAUCGAUCCUGGACUUCCAAGGGAAGAAGUAAGUCCUACCGAUACAACCAUUCGUAGAACUAGGGGCAUUAUCGAACUUUUGCAGAAAUGCGAUUUUUUCAGUGGAUUUAGAUUCUGUAAAUAAUUGUCAGGCAUUCGGAAAAAACACAAAGUCCUCGGUUCUGACAGAGGAUAUGUGGCAAAUUAAUUUAAAUUCAAAACAAGUAACCGGAUUCAUGUUGGGCUUUGGAUAGAGCUAAAUAAUGACUAGUGGAAACGUCGGUAUAGUUAGUUACGUAGCGUCUUAAUAACUGCUUCGUCACUAAACGAAGUCUUGUGAUGAAUUGCAGGUUGUCAACCCUGGGGCUGUCGUCAUAUAACUUAUGAAAAAAAGGUUUUUUUAAAAGAUUACGGUUUUGUUGCUAACUACCUGACACCUCGAGCUUCGUGAACGACAAUAGCUGCCGUAUUUCCCAUAGCGAGACGCGCACAGAAACGAUGAUUUGCGCGCGAAUUGGUUUAUAGUGAUAGAAGAUUUGCGCAGCAUCCACCGCGCCCUCUCCUCCCUCCCGCGCAUAAGCCCGACGUCAAGACAGAGCCAAGAAAACCGAAGGAGGGAUCAAACGCAGUAACAGACAAAAUCAAACAGCUCCUCUGCGCGUGCCACGCACACGCCUCGUCCUCAAACGCUGGGCUUGGUUUUCACGUAACAGUAGAAAGGGGGAGGACUCGAGUCCUGAUCGGAGGGGUGUGUCGUAGGAGCCACAUUAAAAAGGAGCCACUGCAGCCUGACUCUCAGUUCUGAAAGGAGGGUCGAGCUAUCAUCCCCCCCCCCCUUUGGCAGCUUUCCAAGCUACGACUUUUGGCGCAUCAGGAUAGUCUAAAAGCGCGUUAGAUUGGCUAUAGUGAGGAAUAUGUGCUGAACUGCCGUGAGGACGUAGUCCACCCAGUCGAUCUCAUCCUCUCUCUCUCUCUUCCCUAUGCCAAGCACUGAUCCACUUUCCUUAACCGGUUAGUCAUCUGAUUCGGGAACUAGGUUCAGGUGGACAGCGCGGCGUGAACCUGUGCCUAAUCUCACCAUCACAGCCCUCAGGUUUGGUAUUUGUUGUGGACGCCCAGCCCGAAUAAGGGGUGUCGUGCCUUGAUCUGGCUCUCCUCCUGGUCCAAGGAACAGUAGGUGGGCUAACUCAUGAAAUGUCAACCUGAAAUUCGUAAAUGCGUUCCCGUUUUCAAAAGAUUAAUACUGGAGAGUUGGAGAAGUCAUCAUCAUGCAACAUAAUUCUAUAAUAAAUAAGUUACCUCUGGAUGCCGGCUUUCAAACGAAAUUCAUUCCGGCAGCAUGCAAAAGCUAUGCUCUGUAAAAAAUGACUACUUAAUUAACAUGCGUUUUUCUCAUUGAUUUUCGAUGCCCCUAAAUAUUCAAUUAUAUUUCAUAGAAAACAUGCAUAAAAGUAUUCAUUCCUUUACUUAUUCGGUAGAUAAUUACGUCUUCUUCUAAUUUUAUACUUGAAGGAGGGAUAUAAUUCGGUUUCAGUAAAGUUUUCCGAUCCCCGAAUAAUUUUGAAACUGCUCUGCCGUCACACAUUUGGAUUCAAGUUUUCCAAACUACAACCCAUAUGUCUUCCGCGUACGGAAAACCGUACGUUUCUCUACGGUAUUAAGUGGACAGCAUGUGGGGUUCAUAUAAUCCAGCAGGAGAUUUGGGCCAUGUUAUACGAGCCAUAUUGGUAAAUGCAGAGACAUGACGUUUUAUGAACGGCCAUUUAACUUAUUAGAAAGUCUCACAAUUAUAAACUUUUUAAAACCAAAUUAUACCCUUCCUUCGAGUACAAAAUUGGACGAAGACGUAAUUUUCUACCGAAUGAAUAAAGGAAGGAAUAUUGUUAUGCAUUUUUUGCAUAAAAUGUAAUUGGUGUUUUAAGGACUUCGAAAAUCAAUUAGAAAAACGCAUGCUAUACAAGUAGUCAUUUUUUUACAGAGUAUAGCUUUUGCAGGCUGCCAAAAAGAAGUUCAUUCGAAAGCCAGCAUCGUGGGGUAGCUGAAUCAUUAUAGAAUUAUGCUGCUUAAUGAUGAGUUCUUCAACUCUACUUAAUUAAUCUUCUCGAAACGAAAACGCAUCUCAGAAGUUCGGUUGACAUUUCAUGAGUUAGCCCGCGGGGACCGUUUCUUGCAGUUUAUGCUACCUUAUAUACUACCAGUGAACAGACCUCCGAAGUAAACAUGUUGCGUCGAAGGAAUGAGUGUACUGGGAACACCAAAAUCAAAUCCAGAUAAGUAGGAGAAGGCAGAAGACACCAGAACCAGGGGUUUUAUUGUGCACAAAGCCCUCUAUUUGUUGUUUCAGGCAGCAGUACCCACUGCCGCGCCCGGGAGGCUUGUUAACAAUGUUCAGUCGUCUCUAAGAGAGAAUGCGGCGGUGCGGAUUCAAGUGUCCUUGUGUCCGAAUGAGGUGUUCUGCAUUAGCCGAGAGGUGGCAUGUUUACGUGGGACAGGGAUGAUUGCGACCACCUGAUUUCGCGCGUGUGUUAACAUGCUGCAGUCGGCCGGACUGUGAGGUCAGCGUGUCUGGAACCGCACGCGGGGACUGUGAACGACCUUGACGCAGAGGGACGUUGAACAAAGACGCCGCGCUAUCGGCUGCAAAUAACAACAACAACACAACCACUGAAAAUAUACUGUUUGAUUCCAGGAGACGCUUAAAUCAUGCUUAAAUCCCCUGGAAGUGCUCUAUCAACUCUGAGCAUGUUAACUGGUUGACUGCAGAAAUUUACUCUAAACAUCAGCGUGGCUUAAGCCCCCUGGUAAACGAUGCCCUAACUACGAUUUUUGAGUACUUCAUCACAGCCCACUUUAGUAAGAACCAUGAAUCGUAAGAAAGCACACGCUCUCCCGCGGUGUGCUGGGCAAUUUUAUAUUGUCAGUCUUCAUCCAAAGGAUAUUUUUAACGCGAUCGGCGUCCCAUCUGACUUCGGUGUACAUUUGGGAGUAAAAGCUCAUCUUGCUACAUCGAAGAGGGCUUUAAAGUUUGGCGUUUACCUAUGCCACUUAUUCGCUUAACGUUUGGUGAGCACGAUAGAUAAAUGGAAACUUUCGACUUUUCUUGCUGAAUAAGUAGCAAACUGAUAUGCGACCAAUGUAAAAGUCUGGCAUACCAUCGAGGUAAUUAGUGUUGUGGGUGUCAAUAGAGUAUUUACGCACCUUGAAACCGAUCAUGUAUAAGGUUAUCUGCUAAUUGUACCCACGGUUCUGCACUCCAUAUUCGUAGCUUGCGGAAACCUUUUGAGUGUAUUAAAUUUGAUGCCGAACUGUGUAAACAGCCAACUGCAUGCUCUGAAACCGAAAUUUACAUGGUAUAUCAGUUGAAUUAGGAGUAAUUUUACUUCCUCGAACUCCUUUCUAACUUUAUCUUCCAGCUCAAACAAAUAGACCAAAUUUGAGAAAAAAAAUUGCGUUUUGUUUAUGGGCCCGAACAAAGUUUUAUUGGCCAUUGAAGAGACAUUAGGUACUCUUAAUAAAGAAGAACGCUCUCACGAAAAUGUUAAGACGGGUUAUUUUCUAGAUCACCUACUAACUGCAAACAAGAAUCCAGGACCACGACUACGGUGUUGACGAAAAUUACCGGUUUUGAAAAACAGAACGUCAGUGUGACCGCGUCGACUAGGCCUGGGACGGAAUGUUUCUGACAUCAUGUUUACGAGAGGUCUCAUACCAAAAAUUUCGUUAGCCCACCCACAGAGCUGGGCUUCAUUCACCGUUCGGCCAAGUAACUUCUCGCUGAAAAAUUCCGACCAGCUCACUGACAAACUAUUGCUAGCUGACAGGUUGGUGAUUAUCAAAAACUGCAGUGUGUUGUAGAACACAAAUGCGAAAUGUUUUGGACGCGCUCAAAAAAUAUCAUCCAACCUAACACACCAGCGCUUCACAGAGGCAUCAUAAAGAAAAUGAUCAUUCAGGAUUGUGAAGGCCUUUUUUAACUGUUACCAAAAUGAAAUAAACACACGCUCUUAUUACCCGAGAAUUUUGUUGAAGGGCCGUAUAUCUGUCAACUGAGGACAAAUCAAACUCCUGCAUUUGCCACCUUUGAGAAGAGUAUGCGUUGGGAUAUGUGAAUCGUUCGCAAUGCCACAAUUGGCGGUUUAUCAAAGGUGCCUACAAAGCUGCGCCAUCAGUCAAGUUUGUUGACAACAGUCAAGGAUGUGUGCAGUCAUUGCAGACAGCAAAGUCCACAAGCCCUUUUCGGGCAACAGCUUUUUUAUUCAGUGCCAGUAAAGUAAUUACAGGUAAUUUGAUUUCCAGACAAAAUAGAACUACAAACAAAUACUCUUCUAACAAGAGCUCAUGGCUAAAUUCUAUUGCCGGUUCUCGCAGAUUUUUCGCCUCCACUGUUUAACCACUAGUAAUCAAAGAUUAAAAACAGCAAGGUAUUUGGACACUGCUGGAAUUUCCUAGAGAACCAAGUGGCUUGUGGACUUAAAGGAAAACUUUGUUGAAUGGUGCGGUUCGAAAAUCAACAGAGAAAAACAUUUUCCUCAAUUUACAGCAGUAUAGCUGAUUUUGUCAAUUUCGUGUCCUGCUGUUUCACUUGUUCACCAGAAGCCUUUAUAUCGGCAUAUUUUGCUCCAACCGUCAGUAGAAGAGGAACAUUUAUGCAGUCUAUUCCUUUUUUUAUCUAUUACGGUUUUUACGACAGAUGUAGCUUCUUGAGUCAGGUACAAAGUUUGAAAGGAAACAAUGAUUAUGUACAGAGGGGUUUUGGCAGAUUUCAAAUAAUUCACUUUAACCCAACUGCGAAAAACUCGAUGCCUCGGUGGGAUUCGAACCCACGACAGCAAGUGGAGGUAUUAGUACAGCCAAUGCUCUAACCAUCUGAGCUACGAGGCCCCACCGGACGACGCGGGUUUAAUCACAUUUGGGUCAAGUUUACCCGCCCAACCUACUGCAACGUCUGGAAUGCACCAAAUCUGAUACAGUAAGCUGACUGUCCAAACAGGAUUUCCUAAGUAAUACAUCUAGAAUCCACCAGAUGACUACCAGGCUCACGUAAUUCAGAGGUGUUUUGGCAGAUAUCAAAUGAUUCACUUUGACUCGACCGUGAAAACUCCGUGCCUCGGUGGGACUCGAACUCCUCGAGCGUUGGCUGUACUAAAACCUCCUCUUGCUGUCGUGGGUCCGAAUCCCACCGAGACACCGAGUUUUUUACAGUUGGGUCAAAGUGAAUUACUAUGUUCCCAAAAAUGCCAACAAAUUUCAUGUAACCCUUAUUUUUGUGUUCCCCACUACGCUAGUUUUUUUCACUCCCCGUUAAUACCCAGGUAUCCAAUGUCACCUGGUGGAGCUCUGCCGGGUCGAGGGGCACCUGAUCUCGCGGCGUGUGCAGCGGCCCUCUCCUUUACACGCGCUGGUGCCCCGGCCCCCUCGGCCGCUGUCAUGGCGGCUGCAGCAGCUGCUGCCGCGGCGGCGGCAACGGGGCACCCACAGCCCCUCCUCCCCGCCACCCACCACCAUCACCACCACCACCAUGGCAGUCUCGGUGGCCUCGGUAGCGUCCACUCACCACACUGCGGGGUCGCCUCCCUGAUGCGUCAUGCGCCCUCUCCGCCAAACUCCUGGUGCCUGUUCGUGUACAACCUCGCUCCGGAGACGGAGGAGGCCACACUGUGGCGUCUAUUUGGCCCCUUCGGCGCGGUUCGUUCUGUCACCGUGGUGCGCGAACACGCCUCCUCCCGUUGUCGUGGCUUCGGUUUUGUGAAGAUGAAGAACUACGAGGACGCCCUCAUGGCUAUUCAACACCUCAAUGGGUAG